CGACCGAGCCUGGUCCUUUGCCUCUAGCACAUUGCGGUAGUUAGCUCCUGACUAGUGCUGCAAGGAAAGCUUCCUUUCGAUCUUGAGCUUACUUCACAAACUCCAGCAAAGAUGAACGAGGCGGAGGUUGAGCGGCAAAUUGAGCAGAUGGUGCGGUUCAUCAAGCAGGAGGCGGAGGAAAAAUCAACGGAGAUCAAAGUAUCUGCUGAAGAGGAGUUCAACCUGGAGAAGUUGCAGCUCCUCGAGCAGGAGAAGGCGAAGAUUAGAAAGGAGUAUGAGCGCAAGGAGGGCCAGGUCGAGGUCAAGAAGAAAAUCGAGUACUCCAAGCAGCUGAACGAAAUGCGUCUUAAGGUGCUGGCAGCGAAGGAGGCCGCUGUGCAGGAGAUUAUCACGGAGGCUAAAGCACGGCUCCGGGACGUUUCGAAGAACCCAACCACGUACAAGCAGCUGCUGCAGGAUCUCCUCGUGCAGGCCAUGCGGAAGCUCAACGAGAAGUCCAUGACCGUCACCUGCCGGCAAGUGGACCUGCUGCUCGUGAAGGAGGUCAUGGACCCCGCCCGCAAGGCGUACACCGCCAUGUUCGGAGCGGAGGCGCCCGCCCUGGCGGUGGACCAGACCAAGUUCCUGCCGCCACCGCCCACGGACGGCGAGGACGUUGAGUCCUGCUGCGGCGGUUUGGUGGUCACCUCGGCGGACGGCCGCAUCACCUGCAACAACACGCUGGACGACCGCCUCAAGAUCGCCUACCAGGCCAACCUACCCACCGUGCGCGCCAAGCUCUUUGGCACCUUUGCGCAGGGCCAGCACUAAGCAGCAGCGCCUGCACUGCCUCUCUUCUCGCGGAUGGGAUGUUUCUGGGUAGGGCGUUGGGUGCACGUGACAGAAACGGGUGCAUGCGACCCGUGUUUACGUUGCCCGCGGAUGUUUGGACAAGGGGUGUGAUUGCGAAGCGUGUUCGAAACGUUGCUCUAGCGAUGUGGGUUCAUGAUGUUGCGGGGAUGGCUGCGGUGAAUGCGGUGGCAGCUUGUAGAUGCUGUUUGCGGUUACCCCCGUGGCUUGAUGGCAUGCAGUGAAAUGCAUGUUGUGGCGUUGCGGGGGGGAGUUCGGGGCCCUGCUUGUGCUGGCGGACAGACUGUGCAGCACAGCGCCAAUCGAGGCUUCCAUGCCGUUCAUUAAUAUUUUGUUUGCAGGGAUAUCAGAACACUGGUGCACAUCCUGUUUUACGAGCUUUUUAGUACUGUCCCAAAGAUCGUUACCUUCAAAUAUAGGUGUAUGCAAAGAGGUAAUGACGGCGCGCGGGGGCAUCGAUAGAUUUCAAAUGAACGCUGUGGGUGUUUGGGUUGACGCUGAAAGGGCAUGCAUUGCCUUUGCGGCAAUGGGGGGUUGUAGAUGUUAUACUACGCGCUUCCUCUCGGUUUGCCAUUUGCCGCACUUGGGCGAUGCUGUGCGCAGGAACGCCGGUAUAUGGGCCUUCCCUAACCUCAGCUAGUAACGAAGAGUAGCAAA